CUGGACAAGUUGAGUACUUGAAAUGCUGCAAUAAGGAGUCUUUGUGUUACAUUACUACCAGUAAAUUUGAAUAUAAAGGGAUUAAAUGAUGUGCAUCCACCUAGAUGGCUAUGCUCUGAACACAGAAACAUCUAGUGAAAAUUGUCUGUACAGUAGGACUAAACCCAGUUGGAAAAGUUAAUCUUCAUUUCACACUCUAAGGUGAAAAUCAUCAAAAGAAACAACCACCAUGCCUUCAUGGGGACAAGGAGAAGACAGUGGUAAAUCCUUAAGAGAGAUUCGAACAGUGACUGAGGGGCUGAAGACCUUGUAUCGUGAGAAGCUUCUGCCCCUGGAGAAGCAGUACAGCUUCUCUGACUUCCACUCUCCUGGCUUAGAGGAUGCAGAUUUUGAUAAUAAGCCCAUGGUGCUAGUGGUGGGCCAGUAUUCCACAGGAAAAACAACUUUCAUAAGAUAUCUGCUCGAGCAAGACUUCCCGGGAAGUAGAGUGGGGCCUGAACCCACAACAGAUAGCUUCACUGCUGUCAUGUAUGGGGACGUAGAGGGCAUCAUUCCUGGAAAUGCACUGAUUGUUGAUCCUAAUAAGCCCUUUCGCAAACUCAAUCCAUUUGGAAACAAGUUUCUUAACAGAUUUCAAUGUGUUCAAGUACCUAAUCAGGUUCUGGAGAGUAUCAGCAUCAUUGAUACACCAGGAAUUUUGUCUGCAGCCAAAAAGAGACUAAGCAGAGGAUAUGAUUUUCCGGCUGUUCUUCAGUGGUUUGCUGAACACGUAGAUCGCAUCAUACUCCUCUGUGAUGCCAACAAACUGGAUAUUUCAGAUGAGUUCUCACGCACGAUAGGGGCGUUGCGGGGCAAUGAGGAUAAGCUGAGGGUUGUGCUCAACAAGGCAGAUCUGGUGGACACCCAGCAGCUGAUGCGUGUCUAUGGCGCCCUCAUGUGGUCUCUGGGGAAGGUGUUCCGCACUCCUGAGGUCCUGCGGGUUUAUAUAGGGUCCUUCUGGUCAUCACCUUUCAGGGUACCCGAUUAUCGCCCACUGUUUGAGAGGGAGGAGGAGAGCCUCUUCAAAGACAUCCAGAUUUUGCCUCGCAAUGCUGCUUUGCGCAAACUCAAUGAUCUAGUUAAAAGAGCUCGUUUAGUGAGGGCCCAUGUCUACAUUAUUAACUACCUCAAACAAGAAAUGCCCUUGGUCUUUGGAAGAGACAACAAGAAAAGGGACCUGAUCUACGACCUUCCUGACAUAUUCUCUAGGAUCCAACAGCGCCAUCAGAUCUCUCCUGGUGACUUUCCAGACUGUGCCAGGAUGCAGGAACGACUGAUGAGCCAUGACUUUGCCAAGUUUAAGGCCCUGAAACCCAAACUAAUGUCAGCUUUGGAUGAGUUUUUGUCCACUGACAUUGCUAGACUUAUGCCUCUCUUGUGCAAGGAGGAACUCGAAGUGGCCAGCCAGCCUGGGGUGCAGGGGGGAGUCUUUCUGGCCACACACAGAGGGCCUUUCAACGAGGGCAACCCUUUUAUGCAAGUUCAGGAGAAUGGGGAGGAAAGUGACAUGGCAGGUGUGGACUGGGUAGUUACUAAAGAUAAGGCUAAAUACGACGAGAUAUUUUACAAUCUCUCCCCUAAGGAUGGCAAACUGAGUGGCACCAAGGUUAAAAACUGGAUGAUCAGCACUCGGCUGCCCAUCGCAGUCCUGGGCCGAAUCUGGAAGCUGUCUGAUGUGGACCGAGAUGGUAUGCUGGACGAGGAGGAGUUUGCCCUGGCAAGCUAUCUCAUAGAGGUCAAGCUGGACGGCCAUGGGCUUCCUCCCCAGCUGCCUCCACAUUUAGUGCCCCCAUCAAAGCGUAGAAGGAAAGGCUCUAAAGAAGAAGAACUGAUGAUUGAUGUACAAUGAAAAGAAGACACAGAUCUUUUCAUAUUACUGCUCAACUUAAUCUCUGUAUAUUUUUUCACUUUUUAUGGACUUCACAUACCAUUAUUACCAUCGAAUAUAGCCUAUUGCAUGUAGAGAAACAGCAACAAAAAGUAAGCAGGUUUAAAGGGAUGGUUUAUUAUAUGUAUUUUGAAAAGAGUAAACCAUUAAUAAACCGCACACACACAAAUCCACAAAUAAUUGGAUGCAACAAUGUUUGGUAAUAAUCACAAUUAAGGGUUAUAAUAAAUUGAGUACACUGAGAUGCCUCAGUGCUAU